AUGGCGCAGCAAGGAGGUAACAUUAGGCGUGGAGGCUCUCGUAGUAACGUACAUCCUGCCUAUGGGGCAAUGGGGCAAACGGAGAAGUUUACUAGGGAUGACUCCACGGAGACUUUUGAAGGAUGCAAUAUCCAAGUGCAGGUUAGGACUCGUGAGAACGGUCGACGUUCUCCUCUUGUAGCAACGCCUAAUCACCUAUCGCAAAAGUCCUCUGCAGUGCCACUGAAUUCAUACGGCAGCGAAGAGAAUAGCCCUCCUAUUGCUACUCCCAUUGCAUUUCGAGGGCCCCAGGAAUUUCCUGCUGUGUUCAAUCCACAGGCUCUACUGCAAGAGCCACUACCAUCUACAGUUGUUCAUCGUGGACUUUAUGGUAAGUGUCGUUUCAUUUUGUUCCCUUUGCUUUCGGUGUUUGAAUUUGUACCACCCCCACCAGCGGGGAAGAGUUUUCCCCUCUUUGUUGGCCAAGUGCGUUUUGAGACAACGCCUGCAGAGCUGAUUUGGCUUUUUCGUCGUACAUCUGGCGCAUGCGCCAUUACCGUUGAAGGGCGAGGAAAUGGUUGCUUUAUUGUACACUUACAAAGUGAGUCCGAACGGUCUUUGGUGCGUCAAUUGCACAGACGCGUUUUAUUUGACAUUGGCGGAGUAUGGUUUGCCCGAUCUUCUGAGGAAGUCGAUAGCCUUUGUGAAUAUGUGGCGCUUAAUGGGCCGUAUCUCUCCAAACAGGCAAAGCUGCCGCGUGACUCGAUGGUCGUUGAGGACAUCAAAGUGGACUUGAAAGAUAUGGCAUUUUGUCAUCCCUGUCACUACUCUCAGGAGGCAGUGGCCCAGUCGUUUUGGAGCGGUAGUGGUGUUGCGUGGGAUCCUUCAAAUAGCCGAAGAGAGACACCCACAAAAACGCCAUACUGCUCGCCGCCGACAUCCCCACUGGCGGCGUCAUUAAAAAUGCCGUACUCAAACAUGAGACCACAAGAUGUUUAUCAGACAUGCACCCCACCGAACUCGUUAAGAAGGGGCAUUGAGGGCGCUCGUACGGAGCUGUGA